AUGCCGGCCUUGGGGGAUGCUCCUGCACCAGCGAUCUUCUCCUACGCCACCAUCAACGUGAAGUCUCACGUCCCGCUCAUCCUCGACCUCAAGCUGCCAAACUUCACCAAGUGGUCCGCCUUCUUCACUGCCAUGUGCGGCAAGUUUGGCCUGCUAGGUCAAAUCGACGGCUCCAUCCCACCCCGGCCCACUGAUCGCAAUUGGUCGCUACCCUACGCCUGCGUCCGGAGCUGGAUAUAUGGCUGCGUCGACGAUAGCGUUCUUGACCUCGCCAUGGAGCCAGAUCAGACGGCACGUGCUCUCUACGUCGCCAUUACGGCUCUGUUCCAGGCAAACCAGGCCACCCGCGCGGUUGUCCUGGGCCAGGAGUUCCACACCAUGGUGCAGGGAGAUCUCACCAUCGACGCUUACGCCCAGAAGAUGAAGCAGACUGCCGACGCCCUCCGCGACGUUGGCCAAGCCGUCUCCGAGCCUCAGCUUGUGCUGAAUUUGCUUCGUUGUCUCAACCCGCGAUUCGCAAAUUCUGCGGACAUCAUCGCCAACUCGGCGGUGCUUCCGUCCUUCACCUCAGCGCACAAUACCCUCCGGCUCAAGGAAAUUCGCCUCGCCUCUGACGCCAAGGUCUCCUCCGACACUGCCCUUACUGCAGUUGACACCUCCGUCCCUGUGCCCAGCCCCUGUUCAUCCCCUUCCUGUCGCUCCACCCCUGCCCAGCCCAACCGUGGUGGCAGUAACGGUGGUGGUGGCAAGGGUAAGGGCAAGGGCAAAGGCAAGGGUAACGGCGGUGGUGGCCGCUUCCAGCAGCAGUCCGCCCCGUCUCAGACUUCGUCAGGCGGGCGUCCCGGCGUCCCUCCAGCCGGUCCUUGGUUCUGCAUGAACCCAUGGGCUGGUAUGCCCUCGCAGCAGCCGCAGUGGCAACAUCAGCCACAGUGGCGUCCCCCCCUUGCGCCUCUGCCGCAGGCGCACACGGCGUUCGCCCCCCCUUCCAUGACAGGCGGCUGGGAUCAGAGUGCCCUCAUCGCUUCGCUGAACCAGAUGGCACUCCAAGGCGGCGCAGGACCAAGUCCCUGGGUCCUCGACACUGGCGCGACCUCUCACAUGGCCGCCAGCGACGGUAUACUUCUUUCCCGUCUCCCUCACUCGCCGUCCUUCAUAACAGUCGGCAAUGGGGCAUCUAUUCCAGUCUCUAGUCGUGGCACUUCUAUUAUUCCUAUAGCUGAUCAUCUCUUCAAACUCAAUAAUGUUCUUGUUGCUCCACAUCUUGUUCGCAACCUCCUUUCAGUUCGUCAAUUUACUCGUGACAAUAACUGCUCUAUUGAGUUUGACGCCUAUGGUUUUUGUGUCAAGGAUCUCCAGACCGGGAACGUGAUUCUACGCUGCAAUAAUGGAGGGGACCUCUACACCCUUUCAUCAUCCAGUCCACCAGCUGCCACCUGUCAUGUUGUUGUUCCAUCAUCCUUGUGGAUCGACUACCGGCGCCUCCACCAGCACCCCUGGUGCCCGCCAGCCAUCCUUCUCCACGCGUGGUGCACGAUGACAGUCUGGAGCAGGAUUCGGCUAUUCUUUGGCUCGGUCCAGUGCUCCCGACCCCCGGUGCUUCCACGGCUGCUGCUGCUCAGCGGCAGCCCCCUGCUGCUGCCGGACAUCUCCUGCGCCCAGCUGGAGGACCAGCUGGAGUUCUCGGCGCUCGACCGCCGAUCACGCAGGUUUACAGCCGGCGCCGUCCUGCUCCAUUGCCCUCCAAUGCUUCGGAUGCAGCUCCAGAGCCGACCAGGUCUUCCUCUGCUGAAGUUUCUGCACCAGUCUCACCUCUAG